CGGCGCCGUUAUGGCUUCUAGUCGCGGUCGAGAAAGCGUCCGACGCGCAUGCGAGGCAUGUCCUUCCCAGCCGUGCACUUGCCCGCCACAGAAAUAUCUACAUAUUUUUCGUGGCGUAGACUGGGUCCCAAGGACCCCCCCCCCAUGGAGGGCGCAGCUGCUUCUCCCUCCCCGAAGAGGCCCUGUCGGGCAGCCGCAGCGCCCCGCUCUGCGCCGGCAGAGCGUGCGUCUGCAGCGUGCGACCCCCUGCUGCUCCUGUCCGCCGCGCACCUCGACUGCAGAACUCUGGGGCGAGCUGCGUGCGCAAGUCGCCAGGCUCACCGCGACAUCAUGUCGGACCACUUGUGGAGGAGCGUCGCAAGGCAGCAGUGGGCGAGCACGCUCGAGCUGCCCAGCGAGGCGCUCCUGUGCCGGGGCCACUUCGACCUUUGCAGGCGGAGGUGUGAGCUGCAGCGCCUGUCGCAGAGCGGCGUCACCAGGUCACGCCGCGGGCCAAUUCGCGGGUCUACACCGUACAGGGAACUCUUGGAGGACCUCAGUCUCGUUGUGGACUUUGAGGUCGACGGGCGGAGCAUGUUUGCGGGGGUCAUGGCCACAAGUCUGAUCCAGCCACCACAAGACAGGGCAACGCUGAAGUCGAGUGUGGCUCUGUCAGAGUCACAUCUUUGCCUAGACCCGCCAUCACUGCGUGGCGAUGAUGGGGGCACGCUGGCUAUGGAAAACAUCAAGGUGCCGCGUGCACGUCUGUCACUCCUGCUGUUUCGGCGAAGUACUGGACGGUUUAUGGUCGUGUGCUGCAGGACCCCUGCUGAGAUCCCGUGGUGGUCUGGUGUUCUUCCCGACUACGACAAGUUGCUUCAGUUCUUCCCACAAGCUCCAAGGUUCUGCGUUCGCUAUCCUAUGGACGACAUAUUUUAUCCUGGUGACCGCGACGCGACGAUCCAUACCCAAGAGGUCCUGCUCGGAGUCGGGGCUGGAUGCGUCGAUCUUCAUGUCAGCCUGCACGACUGGCAUCACGGGGGUGAGCAGCUCUUGGCCGUGUACGAGGAGAUGGGCGAGUGGGUGUGAGCGCGAUCUGUCCUCCUCUUCCAUUCCCCAUUCAUCCUUCCCCCCGUGCUUCAUCCC